AUGAGACUCGCACACCUCCACCUCCCGCACACAACACCCUUCACACGGGUCUCCGAGCUCCAGCAAGCCCUCACAACCCGCUUCCUCACAUACAAGAAACUCGCCUCACCAGGCUCAAUAUCCUCGCAAGACACAAGGGUCUCAGAAAGUAAAUCACUACUCCCGCCACCAGACCCGACAAUCAUCACUUUCACUCCGAACCCGGUCUACACGACUGGACGGCGCGACCUUCCCCCAUCAAAUACCUGCUCUCACUCCGCGAACCUUUCCCUACCACCAGCUCUCGAACCCAUCCGUUCUAUCCUAACACCUGGGCCCAAUGGUCCUAAGGCAGAGUACGCCCCGACACUGCGCGGCGGCCAAACGACGUACCACGGGCCCGGGCAAAUGGUCGCGUACACGAUCCUGGAUCUAAAGCGGCAUGGCUUGACACCACGGUGCCAUAUCCGUGUUCUGGAGAAUAGUGUUAUCGAUCUGCUGAAGAGUUACGGAGUGAACGGGUUUGUGACUGAAGAUCCGGGAGUCUGGGUGAAAGAUCCGACGCAGACGGCGAAGAAAAUCACCGCCGUUGGGGUGCAUUUGCGGAGGAAUAUUAGUAGUUUUGGAAUUGGGUUCAAUGUUACCAAUGAGCCUAUGUGGUUCUUCAAACAGAUUGUGGCGUGUGGUUUGGAAGGGAAGGAGGCGACUAGUCUUGAGGGUGUGGGUGUGCAGGGUGUUGAUGUUGAUGAGAUUGCUAGUGGGUUUGUUGAGCAGUUUGUCAAGCGGGUGAAUGAGGAUUUUGCGUGUAGGAACGGUGCAUCUGGGGAGAAGAUUGAAGAGGUGUAUCCUAUUCGAGAAGAGGAGAUCCAGGGAUUGUAA